AUGCCUAUUUCAAAUGGUUCGGCGCAGGGCCGUCCUGGAACUGAAUCAGGUAGUGCCGCCAAUUCCACGAAUAAUUCAUCGCAUAACAAUUUACCAACAUCAAGGGAACUGACCGAUUUUAGGCAGUUGUACAGGUCAAUAUCAGGGGAAUCUAACAACCAGAGCAGUCCAGAUAUGAGACGCUCAAACCACAAGAGUCCACCAUACCCUCGUCGGAACUCAUCUCAUAUAAUUUCAAACCCCAUGCAUUUCUUCAGCCUGUGGGGAGAGGAUCCACGAGAGUCAAGAUACAACUCAGAAGAAGAUGAAGCAGCCGACAGAAAUGGUGAUGCCGGAGCAAAUGAUGAAGUACAUGGAUCGAAAAACUACCCGCCAAAUCAAUGGACCAAUCAGCCAGAUGAUCAUCACCAGAAUGAGCCUACAUCGCCCCAAUCGCGACGCUCGGCGGCUAUGCAAAACUUCACCAAAUUCGUUUCAAGGUCGAACCGUACCAGUGAUGGCCAGCUUGAACGGAAAAAGAAAAAAGAAAAACAUCAGAGACCAGGACCUCAACUAGGGGAACAGAGUUAUUCUUAUACAAACACCGAUUUAAGGGCGCAGAGACUUGUUAACUCGUUCAUCAUCAAUGAACCGUCACUAGGUAUAAUGGCAUCAUGUCUAUUUGUGGAUGAAGGUGGGAUAGCCAGAGCUCCUUUGUUAUUCUCAUUGUUGGGAUUUAAUGUUGUCGACAUUUCACCAAACGAGUAUACCAGAAAUAGAAAGUUUCGCAUCGACUUGGAGUAUGGUGUGGGUGACAGAAGUAUGAAAUGGAGUGUCGAAAGGACGGCUACUGAUUUGUUUUACUUGCAUUCACGUUGCAAAAUCGACUCUUGGCGAACAGUUUUUGGUACUAGAACGAAAUUGCCAAAGUUUCCCAUACCUUCUUUCAAAGACAGAAGAAAGAAGACAAAAGUGUCAGAUACUGCGUCACAGUUUAACGGCACCAUCCCUCGCGGAGACACAGACAACCAAUCAAUUAUGAGCGCGCAAUCCGGUCUUUCGAGAGUGAGACUGCGGUUGGGGAGUUUGACAUCUGCGUUAUCACAGGAGCUUGCCCCGAAGGAAAGCAAAUCAGACCAUAUUUUGAAACGACGUACAAAAAAUAAUGAGUACUUAAAGCAGGUGGAUAAUUACUUGAAAGAGCUUAUUGAGUACGUUGCUUUGACCCCUUUGUCCAAUUUUGUAUUUAUGUUUUUUGAAAUCUCCCCGAUUUCUUCGUUGUUGAACUAUGAAGGGUCGUUCCAAGGAAAACAAGGGUCUAUUCAUAUCAGCUCUUCAGCAAAAUCACAAGGAUGGAGAGUUGGCCAUUUCAAAGCGAAUGAUAUAAAAGGUAUGUACGAUAGACGAACCGAAAAGUGGAUGCUAGUUAGAAACAGCUAUGUAGUGUACGUCUCAGACAUAAACUCAACGACUCCAUUAGACGUUUUCUUGGUUGACACAAAUUUCAAAAUCCACACAAAGAGCAACGUGAUAAAAGAUGAAGACGAAAACGUGGAUUUUGAUGAAACAUUGGCUGACAAAAAGGGUCUUCACCACGCCAAAAUCUUUCCUCAUUUGAAAAUAGUCUUGGAAAAUAGAGAGAGGAAAUUGGUAUUGAACCCUAGAUCCUCAAAGGAACACAAAGCAUGGUUGGAAUCUUUUCGUCAAAUGCAACACAACACCAACUGGGGUGAAAAGCAUCGAUUUGAUUCUUUUGCGCCAGUUAGACAAAAUUGCUUUGCACAGUGGUUUGUUGAUGCUAGAGACUACUUUUGGGCGGUAUCUGCCGCUAUGGAAAUGGCAAAGGAGACUAUUUAUAUUCAUGAUUGGUGGCUAUCUCCAGAACUUUACCUAAGAAGGCCUGCAUUGGGCAAUCAACAGUAUAGGAUAGACAGAUUGUUGCAGAGAAAGGCAAGGGAAGGUGUCAAAAUAUUUGUCAUUGUGUACCGGAAUGUUGGUACCACUGUUGCAACUGACUCUUUAUACACAAAGCACUCUUUGUUGUGGCUCAAUGAAGACAACAUUCAUGUUAUAAGGUCGCCCAAUCAACUUUUGCAAAAUACAUUCUUUUGGGCACACCAUGAAAAAUUGUGCAUUGUUGAUCUGACGUACGCAUUUUUAGGUGGAAUAGAUUUAUGCUAUGGUAGGUAUGAUACGGCAGACCAUGUUUUAGCGGAUGAUUCGCCUGAUGAUUUUGAGAAAUUUGGAGCCAAUGAUUAUGCGACUGUAGCCGACUUGGAAAACUUUCAGGUAUUUAUGGGUAAGGACUACUCCAAUCCUAGAGUCAAAGAUUUUUUUGAAUUAGACAAGCCUUAUAAGUCCAUGUAUGAUAGACAAACCACACCAAGAAUGCCAUGGCACGAUAUUCAUAUGAUGACGUAUGGAAAAAUUGCCAGAGAUUUAGCACGCCACUUUGUCCAGCGAUGGAAUUACUUGAUCAGACAAAAAAGACCCAGUAGACUUACGCCUUUGUUAUUACCACCGCCAGAUUUCACUGACGAGGAAGCACAGAAUGCUGGAUAUAGUGACACUUGUGAAGUGCAGUUGUUGAGAUCGUCUGGUAAGUGGUCUUUGGGUCUUGAAGAGCAUGAACAGAGUAUUCAGAAUGCAUACUUGAAGUUAAUAGAAACUUCCGAACAUUUCGUGUACAUUGAAAAUCAGUUUUUUGUCACAUCCUGUUUCAUUGAUGGUGUUGAAAUAAAGAAUAGAAUCGGUGAUGCAUUAGUUGAAAGGAUAAUACGGGCACAUCAAGAAGGCUCCACUUGGAAGGCAAUCAUUGUUAUCCCUUUGAUGCCAGGUUUUGAGGCCCAGGUUGAUGAAGCAGAAGGGUCGUCAGUAAGGGUGAUUAUGCAGUGCCAAUUCAUGUCGAUUUCGAGAGGUGAGACUUCAAUUUUUGCAAAGUUGAGAAAAAGGGGCAUCAAUCCAGAUAACUACAUUCAAUUUUUUUCACUAAGAAAGUGGGGUAGAAUUGGCCCACAAAGAACGUUGGUUACUGAACAACUUUAUAUACAUGCCAAAUGUAUGAUUGUUGAUGACCGUGCAGUAAUAAUUGGUAGUGCCAAUAUCAAUGAAAGAUCUAUGCGAGGAGUUCGAGAUUCGGAAGUUGCUGCGGUGAUUAGGGAUACUGAGAUGAUUUCUACCCAUAUGAAUGGUGCGCCUUACAAAGCUGCGAGGUUCGCUCACACUUUAAGAAUGAGAUUGAUGAGAGAACACCUUGGGGUAAGCAUUGAUGUUUUCGACACAGUUGAAAGACGCUUCAAAAGGUUUGAGGAAUUUGCUAAAACUGAAAGUGGGUUGAAGUUUGCAACUAACAAGUUUGGAAAUAAAAGAUAUUACGUAAAUUCAGCCAUGGUUGAGAUAGCCUCAAGGGAUGUGUUGAAUGAAAAAGAAGGUACAAGGAGAUGGAAGGACCAUAUCAAUCUUUCAAACUUGGAUGAGACUUUAGCCGAGGUUGAUUAUAAGGAGGAAAUUGAUGAUGCACCAAAACCGCUAGAACUUCCAACUAUGUUUAAUUACCGGACAGGACCGAGUGAAGCUAAUAUGGGAGUGCGCGACAAGAAAAAGAAGUCUUACGAUAACCGCGUGCAGCAUAAUGAGCAACACAAGAAGGACGUUCUUGGCGACGGUUUGGAUAAGUACCAUUCCGAGUUUGCUAAAAGUGCUCGUUUAUCAAGUAGUAAGUUCUUGCAGGAAAAGUCACUUCAAGUGAUGGAGUCGAACUUGCCAAGAAACGACUUCGUGCCGUGCUAUGAGGAUGUUCUUGACUUUUUAAAUUGCGAUGACGACCAGGUUGCGGCAAACAAAGACGAAGAGUCCGAACAGCUCAUUAAUGAGCGAAAUGAAGAACGAUGGCUCUUGUUGAAAAAAGUGUCUUAUUUGCAAAGAGUGGCGGCAAAUGAAAAGAAGUAUGUCGCUGCAGAAAACAAGAAACGUGCCAGUGCUGGAUUGCAGCCAUUGCGGCCGUCAACCGACAUGAAUGGAACUUUGAAAGAAGUUCAUGAAUCAACAGUUGAUUCCCCUGAUAAAUUGACUGCUGACGAGGCGGUGAAAAGUGGCUUCCAAGCGGGCUCGCCAGUUUCUUGCAGCGACCUGGAGAUUAAGGACAUUCUUGAAACCAUUUCUUCCCCUGAUGCCGAUUGUGCUAACUCAUUUAUAGAUCCCUACGGCUUUGAAGAUCCAUUAAAUCCUGAAUUUUAUGAGCUAUUAUGGUACGAAAUUGCGAGGAAGAAUACUGAUAUAUUCCGAAUGAUAUUCCAUUGCCAGCCUGACGAUGCAGUUGCUAGAUGGUCUGAUUAUACAAAUUUUUCCAAAUUGCAGAGUAAAUUUAUGAAAGGACAAUCAUCAACAAAGGGGGACGCAGCCCCGAUGUUUAAGGCAGAGGUCGAAGAAGUAGGCGAUGAUGUUCUACACAUGGGGAAUAAUAUAGAACGGACUGCUGAUAGUUUGAGAGAUGAUAUUGGGGUGUUGGGUUGGGUGCCUCCAGAAAAGAAAGAGCUGGGAGAUACUGAGCAUGAACAAAAGAAGCGCUACAGGUUGACCAGAAGGUUUAGUUCUGUACCGGGGCUGGUGAGCAAAAAUGGAGACGAACCAAAACACGAUGAUUAUGAUGAGAAUGAAGAGAGUCCUACAUUUAAUGGAGAUGAGUCUCGUGAAGAUGCAGAGCAAGAUACUUCCCAGGAAUCGCCAACAGAUGCAACGACAGCAAAAGAUAAUGGAACUUCAAGAGCGCAUGAAAAAUAUCGGAAGAAUAGAACCACGAAUUUUGCAACACGCAGGAGAAUGUUGUCAGGAGAAUUGGUUUAUGAUAAGGAAGCAGCUGAAAAGUUGUUGAGUAGCAUUAAAGGACAUUUGGUGCUUUUUCCAACGCAAUGGCUUGAUGUCGAGUUGGAGAAUGACAAUUGGUUCUACAAUACUGAUAGAAUCCCACCAAUGGAAAUCUAUGACUAG